UCAACAAUUCGCCCUGCUAAGAUCCGUCAACUCCAGCUGAGUGCGUGCAUAAGUACUGGUCGUGGGUUAAUAAUUCGUCACCCCUGUCUGGCUAAUCUCGUCCGAGUUUCUUUUCAUUUUGCCCGGCAAUUCAACUUUGCCCUCCGCGACCAUAUCUCAGAAUGGCUUCGAUGAAUCCGAAAACUCGCCUCGACGAUGAGAAACGGAACGUUCCGCCAGCUAUACGGAAGCUGCUGGAGUAUGAUGUAAAACUCACGAAGAGCUUUGUUGCGUUCCUGUUGAAUUUAACGCCAAUGAGGUCAUUCCGCACGCACUGCAUCUUCCUGGAGUACUCGUGCCACGGGGUGGUCUGGCUAGCGGGAUGGCUGGCAUUCUGUUGGAUCGCCGACAACAAAGAUUUGUACCAAAUGCAAGUGAAUAUGAUAGUCGGGCUAAUCAUCGAUAUCAUUUUUGUCGCUAUCAUUAAGGCCGCCACAAGGAGAAGACGCCCGGCCGUGAACACCGACAUAUUUGGGAUUGGGCCGGAUAAGUUCAGUUUCCCGUCAGGUCAUGCUUCGCGAGCGUUCUUUGUUUUGGGAUUCUUCACGAUCCUCUCGCCGCUGCCAUGGUUCUUGUGGCCACCUAUGUUCGCCUGGGCGUUCAGUGUGGCUCUUUCGCGUUUGAUAUUGAUUCGACACCAUAUCCUCGACGUUCUGGCAGGAGUUCUUCUGGGAUUGUUCGAUGUGCUGGUGUUGUCAGUGGUCUGGUUUGGUCCGGAGUUCUCCGCUUGGAUAAUGCGCUCUAUCUCGGAAGAUAACGUUCCAGGCGGCCCCGAGAGCGCUUAGAGUGAUGUAAAAUUAUUUGAGUUAUAUUUCGUGUCCUUUUGAAUAUUGUUAAAAGUUGUUUUUACCAAAUAUAAAUUUGUGAUGUAGGAGUUAA